UAGGCUCCUCUCAGUACGUGAUCGUGCAUCUUCGCACGUGCUUCAUAUAUGUGUGUGUAUAUCAUAUAUAUAUUCACUCUUUGUAGACUAUUUGUGGAUCAAUCUUGUCGGCUCUUAAUUCUCAUCACCGUGAUUAAUUCGGAAUGGUUCUUCUGGCAGUGACUAUUAUUGCUCUCCUUACACUAGCGCUGGCAUUAGGAAUACCUUUGUCCUCCAAAGUUAUGAAUGAAGAAGAUGAAACAAAUUAUGCAAUUGAAAAAAACACUUUGCGACUUGUCACAGUGGUAACAAGACAUGGAGAAAGAGCACCUGUGGAUACCUAUCCAAAUGAUCCUUAUAUUAAGGAUAAUAUGGAACCUUACGGCUGGGGUCAGCUAACAAAUAAAGGAAGAAGGAACCAAUACAAUCAAGGAUUAUUCCUGCGGAAGCGUUACGACAGUUUUGUAGGCUCGAUGUACAGCCCCGAUAUAUUUUAUCUGCAAGCCACCGCUGUGGAUCGCACAAAAAUGUCAGGAAUGCUGGAAGCGGCUGCUCUGUGGAAGCCUAACGAGAGACAAUUGUUUAAACCUGAUCUAGCUUGGCAACCGGUCACAUUAUUCUAUCAAGAACGUCCGGAGGAUACGCUCAUGCUAGUGUGGAACACAUGUCCAAAGUAUACUCAGCUACGGAGUUCGGUGAACGACCUGCCGGAAAUCCGAAAGGUACACGAAGACAAUAAACAAUUGUUCGAAGAGUUGUCGAACUUUACAGGAAUGCCAAUCACAACUGUCGACGAUGUCAGUUCGCUUUAUAACACGUUACUAACUGAGGAAGAGAUGAAUUUGACUUUGCCAAAGUGGACAGAGGGCUACUAUCCCGACAAAUUGAUACCCUUGACCUUAUACGAGCUACAGCUUAACACUUACAAUGAGAAAUUUCGGAGGUUGAAAGGGGGUCCCAUGUUAAAGAAGAUCGUUGAUGACAUGAGGGCAAAAAGAGAGGGCGUUUUACAACCUAGGAGGAGGAAGAUGUUUAUGUACGUCGGUCACGAUAGUACCAUCGUCACCUUGUUGGACACGAUGAGUAUUUGGCACAAUCAGAUGCCGUAUUGCAAUAUCAUGACGAUGAUAGAGCUACAUGAAGACGAGGAUGGAUGGAAUGUUCAGAUAUUUCUGAGAAAUACGACAGUUCACGAGCCAUAUCCAAUGACGAUACCUGGAUGCACUAUUGCAUGUCCUCUCGACAAGUUUGUGGAGAUUUUGAAGCCGAUGAUACCGGACAAUUGGGAGGAGGAAUGCAGGGUCGAAGCAACCAUAAAGCAAUGCAAGAGAAAUCCAUUUUGAUCAAGUUUUUUU